CAUCUGGCUGGGCGCACUUUGUUCCCGCCCCCUCUGGCAGUCUGCUGUGGACAUGACACUGCGACUUCCAAGCAACGAGCCACAAACUUGUCAAGACUGAAAAGCCGUCAAAUAUCUGCAUCGAGACGGAACUACCAUCGCUGUGAUUGAAGCGUGUUGGUCAGCCCGCGGACAGCCUGAGAGCAGCGCCAAGGUUGACAUGGCUGCCUUGUUACUGAGCUACCCUCCUAGAGCGACAACCCUGGAAUCCUAAGUUGUGUGCGACAUGACAACGAGCUAUCUGAACGGACACGGAGGAGGAGAUGAAGAGCUGAGGUUAGGACACCAGCACAGGGAAAUGGCUGUGGACUGUCCGGGAGAUCUGGGGAGCCGAACACUGCCAGUCCGACGCUCCGCACAACUGGAGAGAAUACGACAACACCAGGAGGACCUCCGUCGGCGAAGAGAGGAGGAGGGUCGGCAGCUGGAUCUGAACGCCUCCCUAAGGCUCAAGAAGCUCUCCCAGAAUCCCCACAGCGGCAUUGACAACCCCACAUUCCUAGAGGAUACGUACACACCGCAGGAGCCGGCACUCAGCAACCAGCACACUUUGCUCGAGUUGGAGGAGCUGCUGCUGUCACUGAGGCAGGUCCGGGGCAGUUUGUCCGACCAACAGAGUCAGGAUGACAUAGAGCUGGUUCUUGCGCUACUAAACAAGUCUGAUUUCCAGUCUGCACUUAAGAUCCAUAAUGCUGUGGCCAGCAGCAUGCACCGACCCUCCCCUCCAUACCCCCACACAAACCAGGCACUGCACUUGGCACUGGAGGUCAGAAAUCUCAGUCAAGCAAGUCAGAACAAAGAAGGAUUAGAACUCUCCAGUCUGCUAUCAGACACUCACAUGCAGUCUUUGCUUCUGGCACAUGACAGCAUAGCAAAGAGAGAAAUGGAACCAGAACCACCUAGCAGCCAAACGGAGACAUUGACGCAGUGGGGUGGAGAGACUGUCAAGAUUGUCCACCUGGAGAAGGCCCGAGACAUACCAUUGGGGGCAACGGUCCGCAAUGAAAUGGAGAGUGUGAUCGUCAGUCGGAUUGUUCGAGGUGGAGCAGCCGAGCGCAGCGGACUUUUGGCAGAAGGAGAUGAAAUAUUGGAAAUAAACGGCGUUGAGAUCAGAGGGAAAGAUGUCAACCAAGUCUUUGACAUUCUUGCGGACAUGCACGGCCUUCUGACCUUUGUACUCAUUCCCAGCACUCUAAGCAAACCUCCAGCCCUCAAAGAGACUGUGGUUCACGUAAAAGCCCAUUUUGAUUAUGACCCAUCAGAUGACCCAUAUGUGCCAUGCAGAGAGCUGGGCUUGUCCUUCCAGAAAGGAGACAUUCUUCACAUCAUCAGCCAGUCAGACCCCAAUUGGUGGCAGGCCUACAGGGAUGGUGAUGAGGAUAACCAGCCACUGGCCGGAUUAGUACCUGGGAAGAAUUUUCAGCAACAGAGAGAAGCCAUGAAACAGACGAUAGAAGAAGACAAGGAACCUGAGAAGUCUGGAAAGUUGUGGUGUGCAAAAAAGAACAAGAGGAAAAGGAAGAAGUUGCUUCACAACAACAAGAAUGAGGACAUCAAUGAAGAAAUUCUGACCUACGAGGAGAUGGCUCUGUACCACCAGCCCGCCAACAGGAAGCGGCCCAUCGCACUGAUUGGCCCAACCAGCUGUGGGCAGGCGGAGCUUAGGCAGAGACUGCUGAAUCACCAGCCAGAACGCUUUGCUGGAGCUGUACCCCACACAACACGCAGCCGACGGGAUGGCGAGCUCGGCGCUCGAGAUUUUCAUUUUGUUUCUCGCCAGAUGUUUGACGCAGAACUGGCAGCCGGGAAGCUGAUGGAGUCUGGAGAGUUUGAGAAGAAUCUUUAUGGAAGCAGCACUGACUCUGUCAGACAAGUCAUCAACACUGGCAAGAUCUGUGUGCUGUGUCUACACACACAGGCCCUAAAGGUGCUGAGGAGUUCAGACCUCAAACCUUACAUCAUCUUCAUCGCUCCGCCAUCCCAGGAAAGACUGCGAGCCCUGCUAGCUAAAGACAACAAGAACCCCAAGCCGGAGGAGCUGCGCGACAUCAUUGAGAGAGCGCGGGAGAUGGAGCAGAGCUGCGGUCACCUGUUCGAUGCCAUCAUCGUCAACAUGGACCAGGACAAAGCCUACGCCGAGCUGCAGAGACUCAUCAACAAGCUGGACACAGAACCUCAGUGGGUACCAAGCUCCUGGCUGCGCUGACACAGAACCUCAGUGGGUACCAAGCUCCUGGCUGCGCUGACACAGAACCUCAGUGGGUACCAUGAUCCUGACACACACAUGCUUGCACUUCUCACCUUCUUGAGACCACAUCCCUCAACUUGGUAACUAAUGUAUUGAAAUGAUAUCACCUGACAUUUAAGGUAGACACGAGACAUUCUCUAUUAGACGCCAGGCUUUUCCCUAUUGGGACCAGGACUUGUUCACAUGUGGACACUACUUAUCUCAAGAAGGGCAGAAAUACAAGAACACACACAGUCUGAUCAAAUACUU